GUACACUCAAUUAAAACGAUGAAGCCUUUUGGGGGGAACGCAAGCACAUUUUCGUUUUAGGCUCUUUAAAUCUAACAUCUUAACUGUUAGAUACUGACUACAAAACGUACAACAUACAUUUUCACUCAAGGGCAACAAUACCAACGCUGCUUAAUUUAAUUUAAAGUACAUUGGUUUAUUUUUAUGAGUUAAAAUGACAUGUGCGCGGGUUGUGAAUGAGCGUCGCUACGUCGUCUUUGCGACGUCCGAGGGGCCCUGAAGGCAGCGGGGCAGCCAGGCUUGUAGAAGGCGGUUAAUGCGUGUUGAGUUGGUUCAUUCCGUGCGGGGGUUCGCACCUGAGGGGUCGCAUGUGGUGCGAGGGAUGCGGUGGGACGUCGCAAGUCUCCGGACGAGGAGCCGGGGUAAAAUACCAACAAGUUUGUGUUGUUGAGUUGACUUGUUUUGGUUUGAAAUGUGCAUGUGAACGUGGAUAACGUCACGCGAGACCUUUGCUCCCCCCCCCCUACUAACUUGUUGGAUUUUAGUCGACACUGUGUGACUGCUUCGUGCAUUUUGGAGGAGUUGUGUUUUUUUUCCCCCUCCACGUGGAUUAAUAAUCAAAGACUGCACAAGAAAAUGGACUUCAACGGCACGGGACUAUAAACCAUUGGUUCUGGUUUUAAAUGGACCUAAACAAGACAAAAGUUUAAGAUGAUUUUUGGUUUGGUUUAAAUCGACCCUAAGACUUUGCAACCAUUUGCCUUGGUUUUAUUUGAAAUGGACCACAAGAAUUUAAGAUCAUUUUUGGUUUGGUUUUAAAUGGACGCCCAAACCACAACAUUUUAAGACCACUUUUUAAUCAAAUGGAGUCAAUGAUGAGGUUACUGCUGGUCCUGCUCAUCCAGAGUGGGUCCGGGGUCUAUGCAGCUUCCAAGGAGAUCUCGUGCGAGCCCAUCACAGUACCCAUGUGCCGAGGCAUUGGCUACAACCUGACCUACAUGCCCAACCAGUUCAACCACGACACCCAGGAGGAGGUGGGCCUGGAGGUGCACCAAUUCUGGCCCCUGGUCCGGAUCCGCUGCUCCCCGGACUUGCUGUUUUUCCUGUGCAGCAUGUACACGCCCAUCUGUCUACCAGAUUACCGCAAGCCUCUCCCGCCGUGCCGUUCGGUUUGUGAACGUGCAAAGCGCGGGUGCUCGCCCCUCAUGAGCCAGUACGGCUUCGAGUGGCCCGAGCGGAUGAGCUGCGAGCGUCUUCCGCGACUGGGCGGCGACACCCUCUGCAUGGAUCAGAACGGAAGCGAGGCGACCACCGCGCCGCCGCCGCCGCCCUUCGCCGUACCAACGUCCAAGAACCGCCACAGAGCAAACGCCGCGGCCCAAAAUGAGCGCGAGUGCCGCUGCCGGGAACCCUUGGUGGCCAUCAAAAGGGAGUCGCAUCCCUUGUAUGGGCGGGUCCGCACGGGGCCGCUCCGAAACUGCGCACAGCCGUGCCACCAGGCGUACUUCUCGGAGGACGAGCGGACCUUCACCACCUUGUGGGUGGGGCUGUGGGCGGCGCUCUGCUUCGCGUCCACCCUCACCACCGUGGCUACCUUCCUCCUGGACAUGCAGCGUUUCAAGUACCCCGAGCGACCCAUCAUCUUCCUGGCUACUUGUUACCUCUUUGUAUCGUUGGGGUACAUCAUCCGGCUGGUGGCCGGGCACGAGCGAGUGGCGUGCGCUCCCCUUUCGGACCAGUUCCACAUCCUCUACGAUACGGGCGGUCCUGCUCUGUGCACCCUGGUCUUCCUGCUGAUCUACUUCUUUGGCAUGGCCAGCUCCAUCUGGUGGGUCGUUCUGUCUUUCACGUGGUUCCUGGCAGCGGGCAUGAAGUGGGGGAGUGAGGCCAUCGCUGGGUACUGUCACUACUUCCAUUUGGCCGCCUGGCUGGUCCCCAGCGUCAAGACCGUUCUGGUUCUGGCCCUCAGCGCCGUGGACGGGGACCCGGUGGCCGGGAUCUGCUACGUGGGCAACCAAAGCCUGGAGAACCUUCGAGGCUUCGUCCUGGCUCCCUUAGCGGUCUACCUGUUCGCUGGCUCGUUCUUCCUCCUCGCCGGUUUCGUGUCGCUCUUCCGCAUCCGCGGUAUCAUCAAGCAAGGCGGCACCAAGACCGACAAACUGGAACGUCUCAUGAUCCGAAUCGGACUCUUCGGGGUGCUCUACACAGUGCCUGCUGCGGUCGUGGUGGCCUGCCUGGUUUACGAGCAGCACCGCCGCCCAGAUUGGGACCAGGUGCUGGCCUGUUCUUGCGCAGCCGAGCGCCAGCGGCUGGGUGGCGGACCCGAUUAUGCCGUCUUCAUGCUCAAGUACUUUAUGUGCUUGGUGGUGGGCAUCACAUCGGGGGUCUGGAUCUGGUCUGGGAAGACCUUGGAGACCUGGCGCAGGUUUCUGGUGCGGUGCUGCCCCUGGUGGCGCCACAAGGUGGCGGCUCCGUCCCCUGUGUAUGCAGAGGCCGCCGCCGCUUUAACGGGACCCGUUCCCGGAAUGUACCAUAAAGCCCCAUCUCAUAUAUGACACUUAAGUCCUUAAACCCGGGGCCUGAAGGUCUGGAUCUUCAGGCCCAAGGAACCACACUUAAACCAGUACUUCCUGACGCACUCACAGACUAAACGUUAUUUAUUGAUGUAAAUAUUAAAAGAAGGUCCAGGUCCUGGCUAUUGGUCUUGGACUAUGAAGGUGUACAUAAAUGUAAAGGGAACUAACUUAACUUGAGCUUCGAAUACAAGUUUCAGUUAUUGCUUUUGGGCCUUCAGCGCCAUCUGCUGGUGGCAAGAAGGGCUGCUUAACAUGAUUGCCCAUACUCUGACCCAUCGGAAACAAACGUUUGUCAUGUGACUCGUAUGUUCAUUUCUACUUGGCAAAUGCUGAUGUCUCCUUGACUCUGUGGCAGUUCCAGUCAGCUUUAAAAAAAAUUAUUAAUAAUGGUCCACUUUAAAUUCUGCAGUUGCUCAGUUUCGAUUAUGAUAAAUCUGAAUGGUCACUUGAGCCGGAGCCUUUAAAAUUUUUUUUU